UAUACAGCAACGUUCACCUGUUCAUUCAAUCAUUUCAAAUCCACUAUCUAGGGUUCUUCAUUUCAACGAAUACUGUAAUCUUCAAUGUUAUUCUCAUCGUUUUCGUGUGAUUUUACAGAGUUUAUUCGCAGAGCGAUGCGUUGUUUCUCCUGCUGUUUCAGAAUCAGAGAGGAUAAUCACACUCAGGAGACUGUAGAUCCUCUGGCUAGCAGUUGCGUGUGGUCUGUACUUGCUCAUGAAGAUGAAGAUGAGGAUGGUGAUCUUUCAAGAUGCGAGGAUGGGAGAUAUGGUGUUACUGGAUCUCCACUUUUAGAUGACGAGCUACGGGCUGAGGCAAAAUUUCUCAAAGCUUGUGGCACUUUACCCCAAACUCCAGUUGAAAUCCGGAAAAAUGACGAAUCAAAAGAUUCACAGCCUCAUAAUGGCGACACAGAAUCCACAUUCGAUUCGAGGCUUCUAAACACUGCUUUUGAAGAUGCAUUACAGAAGCAACCUGAUCAGUCACAGUCUCCGAUCACAGUUAUUCAGAAAUGGGAUAACGGAUCAGAAUCUUCAUCACAUUCAUCAAGCAGUUUGAAGAACAUAGAUAGCAUCUCUAGCAACUCUUCUGAAGGCUGUGGCACUUUACCCCAAACUCCAGUUGAAUUCCCGAAAAAUGAUAAAUCAGAUGAUUCACAGCCUCGUAAUGGUGAUACAGAAUCCAUAUUUGAUUCAACAAACACAGAUACAGAAGAGGCAUUACAGAAGCAACCUGAUCAAUUUCAGUCUCCGAUCGCAGUUUUUCAGAGAUGGGAGAAUGUAUCAGAUUCUUCAUCACAUUCAUCAAACAGUUUGAAGAACACAGAUAGCAUCUCUAGCAACUCUUCUGAAGGCUGUGGCACUUUACCUGAAACUCCAGUUGAAUUCCCGAAAAAUGAUAAAUCAGAUGAUUCACAACCUCGUAAUGGUGAUACAGAAUCCAUAUUUGAUUCAACAAACACAGAUACAGAAGAGGCAUUACAGAAGCAACCUGAUCAAUUUCAGUCUCCGAUCGCAGUUUUUCAGAAAUGGGAGAAUGUAUCAGAUUCUUCAUCACAUUCGUCAAACAGUUUGAAGAACAUAGAUAGCAUCUCUAGCAACUCUUCUGAAGGCUGUGGGAUUGAACCUGCUGCAAGCACACACUGCAAAAGCAAAUCUGUUCGCUUCAAAAGCCAGAGUGAUUUAUGUUCAUUUUCAUCAAAUAACUCACCGCGUAACAUUACUAAAAUACCCUUGAAGCUAUGCGAAUCUCCAUUUGAUCACACCGUUUCAAAGCCAUCACCUUACCCAACUCCUCGAAAACUGACCGACGAUAUGCAAACACCUGGCACGGUUUUCGCUUCCUAUAGCAAGAAUGCAAGUAUCAGAGUUCAGUACGUGCACUCACAUAUAACCCCUCGAAACUUUUCUCAGUUAGAUACACCGAUAGAAGAAGAAUGUGUUGACCAGUCUGAUAAAGAAAGCCCACAGUCACAAGUUAAGUUAGAAGACAGCACAACCGAAAAGGAGUUAAACGUGUGUCCUACUCUGUCAUCAUGGCUACCGUCAAAGUCAAACCAUGAAGGCUGCAUUGACGAAAGUUUGACCAGUCAAACUCCGGGUGUUGUUACUCUUGACUGGAAUGCUGAUGAAACUGAGUUUACGCCCAAAUGGGGAGAUGGUAACGGAAUUCCUAAUACAACUACCAAGUACAGUGAGGAUCAGAAGGUUAAUUGGCAUGCUACACCUUUCGAAGAAAGAUUAGAGAAGGCACUAUCGGAGGAUAAGUUCGUUUGCAAGAUCAGGAAGCAACUUGAAGAGACAACGUGUGUGGAAUAUUGAUGAGAAAAAGGAAAAUUAGAAUGCUGGAUUUUAGAUCCAAUCUUUGAGGUAAUAUAAUCGGUUGCCUGCUUUGAUCUUAUAACUUGAAAGGAUUAAAGUGUUUAGAAACUUUAAGGAAGCUUGAAUAGCAUGGAUGUACGAACAUUUACACAAUCAAAUGGUGAAUGACCUUUUCACUCCAAAAUUUAAGGUUGCGUAUGCUCAAAAAGGGAAAGGGUAUCGACCUAUGUAGCACGGGGACUCCAUUUAUGUGGCCGUACCCGUCUCGGGUACUUGUCGGGGACGGAAACACCAUGGGUACUCGCCGGGGACGUCUCCUAAACGUUUCCAACGUCGGGGACGUAUCUGGUAGAAGUAUCCAACCCGUUUUCAUUUAUUUGUAGGGUUUUAACUGUUUCAAAUUCCACAACCGACCAUUAAAUAAAUAGACCUAUCAUGUUCGGCUU